AGGCUGCAUUGCAUUUUGUAUAUCAUCAACAUCAUGAAGCAGUUUGUAGCUAUUCUCUCCGUGCUAUUGGCAACCCUGCUCCUGGCUGAAGCAGCGAGAAUUCGUAGGGAUGAGAAAUACACUACGAAGUAUGACAACAUCAAUCUCGAUGAAAUACUCGAAAGUGAUCGACUUCUUGACAACUACUUCAAAUGUCUUCUGGAAAAGGGGAAAUGCACUCCUGAAGGCACUGAACUGAAAUCCCAUAUCGAAGACGCUCUGCAAAACGACUGUGCAAAAUGCAGCGAGAAACAGAAGGAGGGGGCCGCGAAAGUAAUUAAAUUCCUGUACAAAAAUAAGCCAGAACAAUGGAAGGAGCUGCAAGAAAAAUAUGAUCCAAAUAAUACAUACACCAAGAAGUAUGAAGACAAAUUGAAAGACACUACCUCCCUAGAACACAGCAGACACACAAGGACACUUGGUGAUGAGGUGGGGGGCGGUUAUUGGAUACCCUCAUACAUGCCCUUCCUUCAUGGAACCCGUCUCACAGUGACGUCACUAAAUAAUAUAUUUGCUUGGUAUAAAUACGAGGUUAACAGCUGGAAACAUCAUUGCAUUUUGUACACUUACACCAUGCAGCAGUCCGUAGCUCUCCUCUUCGUGCUAAUGGCAGCAUUGGCCCUGGCUGGAGCCGCCAGGGUCCGCAGGGAGGAAAAGUACACUACGAAAUACGACAAUAUCAACGUAGAUGAGAUCCUCGAAAGCGACAGGUUGCGUAACAACUACGUCAAUUGUGUUCUGGAGAAGGGAAAAUGCACUCCUGAAGGCACUGAACUGAAAUCACAUGUCAAAGAUGCUCUGCAAACGGAGUGUUCAAAAUGCAGCGAGAAGCAGAAGGAACAAGCAGAGAAAGUGAUCAAGUUCCUGUACACAAGGCAGCCUGAACAAUGGAAACUGUUGCAAGAAAAAUACGAUCCAGAAAAUGAAUACGUCACAAAGUACAAGGACUUUCUUGAGGGAAAACGCAGCUUCUCGUCACUGUAAUAUGAUAAUUGGAUUAGGCAGAAGUCUCUUCUAAUAGGAACAGCCUACAAAUUCAGUGAACUAAGACAGGGUUGUAUUUGUUACACACGUUAAAGUCCUCGUUGACUGCAUUCAAUAUCUCGAAUUGUUAUGUAUUUAAAGUAUGUAACAUGACUAUCAUUGCUACUACAGUAUGAUAAAUCAGCACAAGAACUUGUCGGUCCUUCGUAUAGAAACAAUCAAUAUCUAAGCAUAAUUACUGAAGACCUCAGUAUCUCGCACAAUUUUUCAGGAAAGCAAUGUGGGACAAAUGUAUAGAUUUUUAAUUAAUUCUUUGGUAAUAAAGUUCAGUUGUUAGACACAGUUA